UUCAAAAAACUACAGAGCACAAGUUGUGGGCAGAGAAUCCUCACCCCAAAAAUGCAUUGCCAGCGACAGCUAGGCUCGAACUGUAUUCUUCUUUUCCUCUUCAGCAGUUUAGAGCUUUUACUAUAUUUAAUGAGCUCAAGCACAACUAUUUGGCAAUUUAUUUACGAGUUGUGAUUGUAUGGUGCAUUGUUCAAUAAUACUGCAGAUCCCUUUUCAGCAGCUAUCCUUUUGACCCGCCUCUCUCUCUCUCGCACACACACAGUCGUCACUUGUUUCUUCUCUAACUAGUACUUGUAUAUUUCAGAAGAAACAAGCUCUAUAUAUUUGGGAUCUUCCUCUCUCUCUGUUAUUCGCGCGCUCACACUGUGUUUUGUGAAUCUUGAUUGCGCUUUUGAAUGCUCUGGGCUUUCAAGAUUCUUGAAUGUAAACUCUUCUUUCAUUCUUGUUCUUUUCUUAUUCUCGAAUAUUGGUUAUAAAAGAAGAAAAAAAGUGUCCAAAGUUGACAUUUUUAUCGAUCAAGAUUCAAGAAUCUUGAUUGGUAUUGGAAGUGCUGCCAUUUGUUGAUACUUGAAGGGGCACUUUUACAACCUUUAUGUAAAUUCUUGGGCAGAAAAAAAACUGCUUAAUCUUGUUUGAUCAAAUCCUAUGGCAAUGCAGUUUCUUCCAUAGCCAUUUCUGAGUUUGGUUUUUCUCUGAAAUUCCACUGAGCCAUUCUCGAGGAAGACAAUAAAAUCUGGGGGUUUUCGGAAAUGGAAGAAUCAUUUGUGCCCUUUCGUGGGAUUAAGAAUGAUAUUCAUAACCGGCUGCAUUGCUACAAGCAAGAUUGGAGUGGUGGAUUCAAGGCUGGUUUCAGAAUAUUGGCUCCUACAACCUACAUAUUCUUUGCUUCUGCUAUUCCAGUUAUUUCAUUUGGUGAACAACUGGAGAGAAGCACAGAGGGAGUUUUAACUGCUGUUCAGACUUUAGCAUCCACUGCUGUUUGUGGAAUCAUACACUCAAUAAUUGGAGGACAGCCAUUGCUGAUUCUGGGAGUUGCUGAGCCUACUGUUAUAAUGUACACAUUCAUGUUCAACUUUGCUAAGCAGAGAUCGGAUUUGGGCCGUGAGUUGUUUCUUGCAUGGACUGGAUGGGUAUGUGUUUGGACUGCGGCUUUGUUGUUCUUGUUGGCUAUUCUGGGAGCUUGCUCCAUCAUCAACAGAUUUACCCGUCUGGCCGGGGAAUUGUUUGGAAUGCUUAUUGCGAUGCUCUUCAUGCAGCAAGCAAUUAAAGGACUCGUGGAUGAGUUUCGCAUACCAAAAAGGGAAGAUACUAGCCUGCCAGCUUUCAUGUCUUCAUGGCGGUUUGCGAAUGGCAUGUUUGCUUUGGUGCUGUCAUUUGGUCUAUUGCUAACUGCAUUGAAAAGCCGAAAAGCUAGAUCAUGGCGUUAUGGGUCUGGUUCGCUUAGGAGCCUUAUAGCUGAUUAUGGUGUGCCAUUGAUGGUGUUGGUGUGGACAGCAGUUUCAUACAUUCCUUCUAAGAAUGUUCCAGAAGGGAUUCCAAGGCGUCUCUUCAGCCCAAAUCCAUGGUCCCCGGGUGCCUACGAGAAUUGGACAGUGAUAAAGGAUAUGCUAAAUGUGCCGAUUCUUUACAUCCUCGGAGCUUUUAUUCCUGCAACGAUGAUCGCAGUCCUUUACUAUUUUGACCAUAGCGUUGCAUCUCAGUUGGCUCAGCAAAGUGAAUUCAAUCUGAGAAAGCCACCUUCCUUCCAUUAUGAUUUGCUGCUUCUUGGUUUUUUGACAUUAAUGUGUGGUCUAUUAGGCAUCCCUCCAUCAAACGGCGUAAUUCCACAGUCGCCCAUGCAUACAAAAAGCCUAGCUACUCUGAAACACCAGCUACUCAGGAAUCGACUCGUUGCCACAGCACGUGAAAGUAUUCAAAAGAAUUCAAAUCUGGCGCAACUAUAUGGAAACAUGCAAGAAGCUUAUCAGCAAAUGCAGACCCCUCUUAUCUACCAGGAGCCAUCAAAUAGAGGUUUAAAGGAGCUGAAAGAGUCCACAGUUCAGUUGGCCUCUAGCAUGGGAAGCUUUGAUGCUCCUGUGGAUGAGACAGUCUUCGACGUUGAAAAGGAGAUUGAUGAUUUGCUCCCCAUUGAGGUCAAAGAACAACGCCUCAGCAACUUGCUGCAGUCCACUAUGGUUGGAGGGUGCGUUGCUGCAAUGCCCGCGUUGAGAAUGAUUCCCACCUCCGUGCUGUGGGGAUAUUUUGCUUUCAUGGCCAUUGAGAGCUUACCCGGCAACCAGUUUUGGGAGAGGAUACUACUUCUCUUCACUGCACAGGGCAGACGAUACAAGGUUUUGGAGAAGUACCACGCCACUUUUGUCGAAACCGUGCCUUUCAAGACCAUCGCAAUGUUCACCCUAUUCCAAACGACCUACUUGCUUCUCUGCUUCGGUAUCACAUGGGUUCCGAUUGCAGGAGUCCUUUUCCCUCUCCUUAUCAUGCUCCUAGUCCCGGUGAGACAGUACGUGCUGCCAAAGUUCUUCAAAGGCGCUCAUCUUCAAGAUUUAGAUGCUGCAGACUAUGAAGAGGCACCGGCCGUGCCAUUCAACAUUCCACCGGAGGGAGAACUUGGGUCGAGACUCUCCUUUGCAGAUGGAGGAGAGAUCUUAGAUGGAAUGAUUACAAGAAGUCGUGGUGAGAUCAAGCAUACCUGCAGCCCAAGGGUCAGAAGCUCGUCAUCAACCCCUGCAAAGGACUUGAAACUGCAGAGCCCCCGUCUCUCAGAGAAGGCAUACAGCCCACGUGUGAGUGAGCUGAGAGGCGUGAGAACACCUCAGCUCCACCACGGAAGAGGACCUUACAGCCCCAAGACUGGAGAAGUUGGGGCAUCUCAUCUGGGGGUGAGUCCGCAUAGCUCAACUUCAAACCAGUGAGAAAAACGCGAGACGCCUUUUGUCUGUACGUACGUGGGGGGAGUAUGAUAUAGUCGCGUCCAUAAGUCUUUUUAGAGCUUUGAUUUGGUUAUGUUGUUGUAAAAUCUUGUCUGUGUUUUCCUCUUGAGGGGAGCCUCUUGUAUAAUUAACCUUACAUCGAUUCCUUAAAUGGUGAAAAUAGUAAGUCUUGUUGAAUA